GCUGCAUAUGAAUAUCCAUUAGCUCUUUAAACCAAUAAGACAAAGUACACUGUGAUGAUGCGAAGACACGACACGCCUCGCUCGCGCUCCAUCACUCGUUGCGCGCACAGGCUGUCAUUUGUUCCUUUCUUGGCGGUCGUAUCGGUUUUCUUUCAGAAGACGCUGCUGCAGAAAUAAUCAUUUUUACGUUUAAACGUCAACUUUAUUACUGGCGUCUAUCUCAUCAUGUCCACGCGCGGAGGCACGCGCGAGUUUUAUUUUAACACGGUGCUGUCACUCGCGAGAUCACUGGCCGCUCACCGACCUGCUCCCGUCGAGAAGGUACAAAAGUUGUUAUGCAUGUGUCCAUGCGACAGUCGUGGUGUCUUUACUCUAGAUGUCCGGCGCACAGAUGCUGUCAUUGCACUGGCUGUGUUCCUGGUCGAGUCCGAUUUACAGCAUAAAGAGACAGUGGUCAGUUAUCUGUUGAAUCUGCUCAAGGGAUUACCCAGAGUUCAAUGGGUGGAGGAGAAUGCUGGGAAGAAGAAUAAAGAGACUCUUCCUAUGUCAGAAAACUUCAGCUUUUGUCUGGUGACCCUUCUGUCUGAUGUAGCACAGAGAGACAAAGAGUCUCGCUUACAGAUUCUGGAAGCUGUCAUGGAUGUUAUGAAGUCUCUGUUGGAGCUUUGCCAAACACCUGAAAACCAUGAUAAAGUGUACCUGUGCAGGUAUGCAGUGCCCUGUCUUCUGGGUGUGACUCGAGCGUUCGGUCGCUAUGGUAACGGGAGCGAGCCGCUCCUCUCGCAGCUGUUCCCACGGGGGUCUACGAAUCCCACCCACCGCGUUUCCGUGAGAACCGAGGGCACCCGGAGGAGAUCUUUCAAUGACUUUCGCUCCAUUCUGCCCAGCUCUCUGCUGAUGGCGUGUCAGGGAGACACACUGAGACGCAAGAGCAAAGCUGCCCAUCCAGACGCUCAGGUGAGCCCGGAUCGAGGCGGUUUUUCACCCUGCUCUCCCACAGCACUGGGACCGCAGUAUUUUGAAGGUUCAUAUCUUUCUGAUGGAAGUGCAGUGAAUCCAGAUUAUUAUUUUACCACAGUUAGUUCAAGCUUCUCCAUCUCUCCGCUCUUUACUGGUGCCAGUGGUCAGGAGAUCAGUGUUCCUCUGAAUCUGCUGAGAGCUCUGCUAGAGAUGGUGAAGCAGGUUGUGUCCGAUUCAUUCCUGAAAUCUCUGGAUGCUGUUGUUGCCGAGGUGACAGAGGCUAAUCCAGGCAUUGAUCUGUUUUACAAAGCUUUCAGUGACCCACUUUAUGUCAGCGUAUUUAAGAUGUUGAGGGACACGCUCUAUUACAUGAAAGAUGUGCAGACGAGUUUUGUGAAGGAUGUUCAUGAUUUUGUGCUGGAGCAGUUCAGCAGCAGCCAAUCGGAACUGCUGAGGGUUCUGCAUGAAGAGCGGUUGCCAGGGGAACCCAGUCCUCUCAAGCUCCGUUGUCAUGCCAAUGCAGCCUGUGUAGACCUCAUGGUGUGGGCUGUCAAAGAUGAGCAAGGAGCGGAGAAUCUGUGCACUAAACUGUCUGAGAAACUUCAAUCCAAAACAUCCAGUAAAGUGAUCAUCGCUCAUAUGCCUCUGCUCAUCUGCUGUCUGCAGGGUUUAGGGCGUCUAUGCGAGCGCUUUCCUGUCAUCGCUCACUCGGCCACCAUGUCUCUGAAAGAUUUUCUGGUGGUUCCAUCCGCUGUUCUGAUUAAACUCUAUAAGUAUCACAGCCAGUGCGUCUCCGGAGGAGGCGGGAUUAAAAUCAACGUGGUCAAUGAGCAGUCUCAAUCAACUUUUAACCUGCUGUAUAACAGGAAAGACCAACCAUCCAUGUACGAGCAGCUCAGAGACAUCUCCAUCGAUAACAUCUGCAGAUGUCUUAAAGCGGGUCUCACCAUGGAUCCUGUCAUAGUGGAAGCUUUUCUUGCCAGCCUGUCAAAUCGCCUCUACAUCUCACGAGAAAACGACAAGGAUGCCCAUUUGAUUCCAGACCACACCAUUCGUGCGCUGGGUCACAUCGCGGUGGCAAUGAGAGACAGUCCUAAAGUGAUGGAGCCAAUCCUGCAGAUCUUACAGCAGAAGUUUUGUCAGCCUCCCUCACAGUUAGAUGUGUUGAUUAUAGACCAGCUGGGCUGCAUGGUCAUCACUGGAAAUCAAUACAUUUAUCAGGAGGUUUGGAAUCUCUUCCAGCAGAUCAGUGUGAAAGCGAGUAAUGUUGUGUAUUCUGCUACUAAAGACUACAGAGACCAUGGAUACAGACACUGCUCUCUGGCUGUGAUAAAUGCCCUGGCGAAUAUCGCAGCUAACCUGCAGGAGGAAACACUGGUGGAUGAGCUGUUGGUCAAUCUGCUGGAGUUGUUUGUUCAGCUCGGUCUGGAGGGUAAGAGAGCAAGUGAACGGGCCAGUGAUAAAGGUCCUGCUCUUAAGGCAUCAAGCAGCGCUGGUAAUUUGGGUGUUCUCAUUCCUGUAAUCGCUGUGUUAACUCGUCGAUUGCCCCCCAUUAAAGAAGCGAAACCUCGCCUACAGAAGCUCUUCAGAGAUUUUUGGCUGUACUCUGUGGUCAUGGGUUUUGCUGUGGAAGGCUCUGGUCUUUGGCCUGAAGAAUGGUAUGAAGGAGUUUGUGAAAUUGCAACGAAAUCUCCACUGCUCACAUUUCCCAGCGGUGAGCCGCUGCGUUCAGAACUCCAAUAUAACUCUGCACUGAAGAACGACACUGUUACACCGGCGGAGUUGAGCGAACUACGCGGUACUAUCAUCAAUUUGUUGGAUCCGUCACCUGAGGCCGCUGCCCUUAUAAAUAAACUUGACUUUGCCAUGUCUACAUAUCUGCUGUCUGUUUACAGACUUGAAUACAUGAGGAUGUUGCACUCAAAUGAUGCUGACCGUUUCCAAGUGAUGUUCAGAUAUUUUGAGGACAAAGCCAUCCAGAAAGACAAGUCAGGUAUGAUGCAGUGUGUGAUAUGUGUCGGUGACAAAGUCUUUGAUGUUUUUCUGCAGAUGAUGGCUGAUAAGCCCAAGACCAAAGAGCAUGAGGAGGAGCUAGAGCGACAUGCUCAGUUCCUAUUGGUCAACUUUAAUCACACCCACAAGAGGAUCCGCAGAGUUGCCGACAAAUAUCUCUCGGGACUCGCCGAAACGUUUCCUCACCUCCUUUGGAGUGGAAAAGUUUUAAGGACCAUGUUGGAUAUCCUACAGACUCUGUCUCUCUCUCUUAGCGCUGACAUCCACAAAGAUCAGCCGUAUUACGACAUUCCCGGUACUCCUUACAGAAUAACAGUCCCGGACACACAUGAGGCCAGAGAGAGCAUCGUGAAAGAUUUUGCUGCCCGCUGUGGAGAGAUCUUAAAGGAGGCUAUGAAAUGGGCCGCUUCAGUCACCAAGUCCCAUCUUCAGGAGUAUCUGAAUAAACAUCACAAUUGGAUGUCGGGUUUAUCUCAGCACACCGGUCUGGCGAUGGCCACAGAAAGUAUUUUGAGUUUUGCGGGAUACAACCGUCAAAGUACGACGCUAGGGAUGAUAACUGAGAUGGUUUGUGAGGUUUUUGGCCAGAUUAAGACAGCUUUUCCUCAGGUGACCCAGCUGACUGAACGCCCCACCUGUGUGAAGAAAGAUUAUUCUAACUUCAUGGCAUCUCUAAACUUGAGGAACCGCUACACAGGAGAAGUAGCAGGGAUGGUGCAGUUUGCUCAGGCCACCCACAGCGAGUCCAACCUCAGUAAGCUGUUGAUCUCUCAGAUGAGUGAUGCUCUCGAAACCAAAAACCUGGAGGUUUUCACACAGAACAUGUUUAAAAUGACAGCGCUGCUGAUCAGCACUAAAGACUGGGAUCUCCAGUUACUCCAUCAUCUGUGUUGGUCUCCUCUGAAGAUGUUUGUGGAGCAGGGGAUGGAGACGGCCAUCGCCUGCUGGGAAUGGCUGCUCGCUGCGUGCGGUGGGAUGGAAGUGCAGUUUAUGCGUGAGAUGGCAGGGGCGUGGCAGAUGAGCGUAGAGAUGAAGAUGGGUUUAUUCUCGGAGAUGGAGCCGGAGGCGGAUCCUUUAGCUGCAUCAGAGGAGCGUCAGCCUUUGCCCCGCCCUCCUGAUGUCACUCCUCAUUCACUCUGGAUUGAGUUUUUAGUGCAAAGAUUUGAAAUCGCCAAGUACAGCAGUGCAGAUCAGGUGGAGAUUUUCAUCAGUCUCCUGCAGAGGGCGCUGUCUGUUAGUGUUGGUGGACCUAAGAGCUGUUUGAACCGUCAUGUUGCUGCCAUAGGACCUCGAUUCAGACUCCUGACUCUCGGUCUGACUCUCCUUCAUGCUGAUGUCGUGACUAACGCCACCGUUCGAAACGUCCUCAGAGAGAAAAUCUACUCAACAGCAUUUGAUUAUUUCAGUGUGGCUCCGCGGUUCCCCACUCAGCCAGAGAAACGUUUGCGUGAGGACAUCAGCAUUAUUGUUAAGUUCUAUGCAUGUCUGCUGUCUGAUAAGAAAUAUCUCACUGCUGCACAACUCGUGCCACAAGAUCCUCAGGAUGUGUCUGUGAACAGUUUGUCUGUGAUGGCCGUGACCGACUCCAGAAGCAGUUUGGAUGCUGCCGUGGGCUCCAGACAGCAGGCUACACAGGGCUGGAUCAACACGUACCCACUGUCCAGCGGAGUCUCAACACUCUCCAAAAAAUCUGGUUUGUCGAAGAAGACUAACAGAGGAACACAGCUACAUAAGUACUUUAUGAAACGCAGAACACUUCUUCUGGCCCUGCUGGCGAGUGAGGUGGAGCGUUUGACAACCUGGUACAGUCCACUGGGUGGUCAGGAGCUUCAGAUAUCUGCUGAACAAUCUGUGGAGACCAGCAUCGCUAACUGGAGAUCGAAAUACAUCAGUCUGACAGAGAAACAGUGGAAGGACAAUGUGAAUCUGGCCUGGAGCAUCGCACCCUAUCUCGCCCUCCAAUUACCAGCCAGAUUCAAGAACACAGAAGCCAUUUUUUCAGAAGUGACCCGUUUGGUUCGUCUUGAUCCUGGAGCGGUCAGCGACAUUCCUGAGGCUGUGAAGUUUUUAGUGACGUGGCACACUAUAGAUGCUGAUUCUCCGGAGUUGAGUCACAUCUUGUGUUGGGCUCCAGCCGAUCCUCCUACAGGACUGUCGUAUUUCUCCAGCAUGUAUCCACCUCAUCCACUGACGGCACAAUACGCUGUUAAAGUCCUGCGCUCCUUUCCUCCUGAUGCUAUUCUCUUCUACAUCCCUCAGAUUGUUCAGGCUCUGCGCUAUGACAAGAUGGGAUACGUGAGAGAGUACAUCCUAUGGGCCGCCCAGAAGUCUCAGCUUCUCGCUCAUCAGUUUAUCUGGAACAUGAAGACGAACAUCUACACGGAUGAAGAGGGACACCAGAAAGACCCUGAUAUCGGUGAACUUCUUGAGCAGAUGGUGGAGGAGAUCACUGGAUCUCUGUCCGGUCCAGCCAAAGAUUUCUACCAGCGCGAGUUUGACUUCUUCAACAAGAUCACCAACGUCUCAGCUAUUAUAAAACCUAUUCCUAAAGGAGAUGAGCGCCGGCGAGCGUGUCUGAGAGCUCUGUCUGACAUCAAAGUCCAGCCAGGUUGUUACCUGCCCAGUAACCCAGAGGCGAUAGUCUUAGACAUUGACUAUAAAUCCGGUACACCAAUGCAGAGUGCUGCCAAAGCACCGUACUUGGCCAAAUUCAAGGUGAAACGCUGUGGAGUGAGUGAGCUGGAGAAAGAGGGUUUACUGUGUCGAUCAGAUUCACUGGAUGAAGCACGCAGUGAGGAAGACGCACAGAAGAUCUGCUGGCAGGCGGCCAUCUUUAAAGUAGGAGACGACUGUAGACAGGACAUGUUGGCUUUGCAGAUCAUUGGUCUUUUUAAGAACAUCUUCCAGCUGGUCGGCUUGGAUUUGUUCGUUUUUCCCUACAGGGUUGUGGCUACGGCACCAGGAUGUGGAGUCAUUGAAUGCAUCCCAGACUGUAAGUCCAGAGAUCAGCUGGGUCGACAGACAGAUUUUGGAAUGUACGAUUAUUUCCGCAACCAAUAUGGAGAUGAAUCCACACUGGCAUUCCAGAAGGCGAGGUAUAACUUCAUCAGGAGUAUGGCUGCGUACAGUCUGUUACUCUUUCUGCUCCAGAUUAAAGACAGACACAAUGGCAACAUCAUGUUGGACAGACAAGGACAUCUCAUCCACAUCGAUUUCGGCUUCAUGUUUGAAAGUUCCCCAGGUGGGAAUCUGGGCUGGGAGCCGGACAUCAAACUGACGGAUGAGAUGGUGAUGAUCAUGGGGGGGAAGAUGGAGGCCACGCCCUUCAAAUGGUUCAUGGAGAUGUGUGUGCGCGGGUACCUGGCCGUCAGGCCGUACAUGGAUGCUGUGGUUGCCUUGGUAACGCUGAUGUUGGAUACAGGCCUGCCCUGCUUCCGUGGUCAAACCAUCAAACUACUUAAGCAGCGUUUUAAUCCUGGAGUCAGUGAGAAAGAAGCAGCAGCUUUUAUCAUUAAAGUUAUACAAAACUGCUUUCUGAGUAGCAGGAGCAAAACCUAUGAUAUGAUCCAGUACUACCAAAACCAGAUUCCAUACUGAAGACCAUUGUGUAUGUGUUUAUGUCUGUGUGUGCGCAUACAUUUGUGUGUGCAUGAGAGAGAGCUUGCGCGCGCGUGUGUGUGUGUGUGAGAGAGAGAGAUUGCAUGUGUGUGUAUACAAAUCUUAUUUCUCUCUUUCAGCCUGAUACUUUAUGAGCUUCAAAUAUUUUCGCAUGGAUAAAUAUUAUCAGCAGUAUUUGAUCAUAUUCUAAAAAAUUUUUUUUUUAAUGUUGUUUUAUCGUUCAGUCGUUUUACUGCAUGAAUGGAGUUCAGUUAAACACUGCAAAUAUUACUAAACCAGAUUGUGCAAGUGUUGUUUUUCUGUGUUUCAGACAACAGUUGUUAAUUUAGUAACUAUAUAACGUGACUGGACUCAAGACAGAUGUAUUAUUUUAUAGCUCCAGGUGACAUUUUAGAAAUGGUACAGGUGACAAACUCACAUUAAAUGAACCAUUCACCCAAAAUUACAAUUCUGUUAUUAUUUUAUUUUUCCAUGAAACAUAAAAUGAAAGAAUAAAAAAGUGUUACAUAGUCCUCUCGACACCUUUAAUAAAUACUAUAGUGACCAUGUGUGUCAAGCUCCAGAAAUGACAAAACAUUAAAGUGUCAUAAUGUACUCGUGUGCUAUAGAUGUAUCAUUUAGCAUAUUAAAUAAUUAUGUAGGCGACUAUUAAUCUUCUUCUACCAUGAACAGUUUAAAUGAGCUCCAGAACUAAAUCAUUGAAUAAAUUAUUCCUAAAUUAAAACUAUAUUUUUUCAUUAUAUUUAAGAAAGUUAUAUGAGGUUUUAAAACCAUAAGAAAAAUAUUUUUGAGUUUAAAGCACAAAAAAAAGUAAUUCUGUUGUUUGAAUAAUUUUUGAUCAGACUUUAACAUGUUUUUAAUCUUUAGGUCACAUGACUUCCGAUCAAUCACUGCUAAUGACUGCUUGUUUUUGUAGUACAUAAUUUUUAUUGAUUAGUAAACUGCAGUAAAACUAAUGUCUGUAAACUUGUUUGCACUGUUACUUGUGUAUUUAUUCUGUCUGUGGUAUUAAAUUGAAUAAAUUUAGCCUCUAUUAAUUC